AUGGGGUAUAUAUGUGCAGUCGAAAAUGCUAUUGAAGGGGACAGAUGUGGUAUGGCUGGCGAAACCGGGCGAUUGACGGCGGUUGACGAAACGUCGCGCAAGCGGCGACUCUUGCAGGCGAAGAGAUUCGAAAAGAUUCGUGAGUCCCUGAGCAUCGACCAGGUCAGAAUGGCUGCUGCAUCGCCGAUCGAACAGCUGUCAGACGAUAUUCUCUCCGCUAUCCUCCAUCGCGUCGGUCGAUCCGACGGUCAGUUCCAGCACGCGCUCGUGUGCAAGAAAUGGCAUCGCAUCGCCCGUAGCGUGCACGACCACGUCCACAUUCGCGAAGAGCGUCGCAUGCGUCCUCACGAGCUGCUCGCGCUCUUCUCGUCAUUCCCAAGGCUUAGAAAGCUCGUCCUCGCCGUCGGCAGCAUCACCUCCGUCCCUGACUCCCUCCUCUCGGGGAUUGCCGACACGUGUCCAGAUCUGACGGACCUCCACGUCGAUUCGAUGGAACGAGAGUGCCGGCAGGGGGGAUUCACUGAGAACGCACUUUCGGAUCUCCUGGAGAAGUGCGCGCGGCUGGUGGGACUUCGUCUUCAUUGCCAGUCGAAUCUGACCGCCAUUCCCGCGUCAAUCGGCGGCCUUGCGUCACUCAAGAGCCUACAAAUCACCGACCGGGGCGAAAUCGCUCGCCUUCCAGACGCGUUCACCUCGUUACAGGCACUCGCGCAUCUCGUGAUUGAAAUGCGCGGCCUGGUUGAACUGCCUCAGGGCUUCGGCAAUCUGAGGCGGCUCAAGACGCUCCGUCUGAACGACUGCAUGCGUCUCAGUUCCAUUCCCGAUUCUGUCGGGCAGCUUACCGGCUUGAUGCAACUUUCCAUCAGCGAGUUCGAGAGGCUUCAGCUGCCCGAAUCCAUCUCCAAUCUUUCAUCACUACUGACCUUCGAAAUUUCCAACUGCCAUGACCUUUCACCGCUGCCUGAGGGGUUCGGGAACCUGCCGGCGCUUGAAACCCUACGUAUGGAGUAUGUGUGGGGGAUCACGAAUCUGCCCGCGAGUCUCGGGCAGCUGUCUUCGCUAACGGAUCUUAUCACCGUCCGCCUAACACUCCACCAUCUGCCUGACGACCUCGCUCUUCUGCCACGCCUGCACACGCUCAAGCUAGACGUUGGAACUGCCGUGCACCUGCAUCCCUCCGCAUACCUUGCCACCACACUCAAAGACCUCACGAUUGAAAACUCUGCAACUCUACCUUCUCUGCCCGAAGAAUUCGGGCAGUUGACUGCCCUGGAAGCCCUGCGCCUGAUUCACCUUUCCGAGCUCCACAGCCUGCCCGCAUCGCUGGGCAGCUUGAGGAGCCUCAAGGAGCUGAAGAUAUCCCGCUGUCCGGCGCUGGCACAGCUUCCAGACGGCCUGAGCCUGCUGUCUGCUCUCGAGCUGCUGGACAUCACUCACUGCCGCAAGCUGACAGCACUACCGCACGGCAUGGGGGAUGGCCUGCAUCGCCUGCGUAGACUGAUUCUGUUCGACUGCACAGCUCUCGCCCACCUCCCUCCAUCCUUCUCCGGCCUCUCCUCUCUUGAAACCCUAGAAAUCCAUAAUGCAACCAGCUUAGGCACGCUACCAGACGGGUUUUCCGACUUGACAAACCUUAAGGAGCUCUCUCUUCACUUCUUACCACACCUGCCCGCCCUGCCUGCCUCCCUCCCUGUCAUCGGCCGUUCUCUCACCCGCCUCGAGCUGCUCGGUUGCACGCACAUUACAGCGCUGCCAGAGGAAAUCGGAAGGCUGGGAGCGCUUGAAACACUCGUGCUCAUGAGUCUGCCCAACCUGAAGUCGCUCCCUCGCUCGCUGUGUCAGCUGCUGCAUCUGAAAAAACUGCAAUUGAAGUACUGCAGCGCGCUGCAGUCGCUGUUUGGGGAGGAAGACGAGGGAGGUGCAUCACAUGGCCGUGGGGUCGCAAGCACCCGCCUCGACGUACCUGGUCACUCGGGUAGCUGCAGUGCUGAUGGCAGCAGCAGUGCUGAUGGCAGCUGUUUGGGAUCGGGGGAGAGUGGCACGGGUGUGUCGCUCCCAUCCCUCAAGGAUCUUCGAAUAUGGGACCUUCCAGUGCAGCUGCUCGCUCCAUCACUGGGCUACUUCUCGUGCGUAACCAGCCUGGAAAUGUCGCAAAUGGAUCCACUUCGCUGCCUUCCAGAUUCCAUCGCUCGCCUCUCUCGCUUGCAGUCACUCACGAUCAACUAUGACAAGAGCCAGCUUGCUCUGCCAGAGUCAAUAGGGAAGCUGUCAGCGCUCACAUCUCUCAAAAUUGAUGGACUUGCGAGCUUGACGGAGCUGCCUGAGUUGCUCGGGCAGCUGAAGAAGCUUCAGGUGUUUAGAAUUGAGCAAUGCUGGAGCCUAACCAGGCUUCCCAAGUCGUUCCCGGAUCUCUGUAGUCUGGAGCAGUGUCAGUUGAAGGAUGUUGGAAUACCGUGCCUUCCAGAUGACUUCUGGAAGCUCUCUGCUUUGAAACAACUUUCGCUCUCGUCACUGCCCAAACUCCGCAGCCUGCCGGAAUCUUUUACCCAGCUGCCCGCGCUGGAGAAGUUGGAACUGUUCGAAUGCAAGCUGCUGACUCAGUUACCCUCGGGCCUUGGGCAGAUGCGGAAGCUGCAGGGAUGCAUCGUGACUAGCUUGCGGCGGCGGGAGCCACUCGUAAGGGUAGUGAUUCACGCAGCGACGCUGGACGAGGGAGAGCGCGUGGUGGAUGACUCGCAGGGCGGGGAGGAGGGAGAAGAAGAUGACUCGCAGGGCGAGGAUGACUCGCAGGGCGGGGAGGAGGAGGGAGAAGAGGAGGAUGACUCGGAGGGAGAAGGGGAGGAGGAGGAGGAAGAGGAUGAUGAUGGGAGCGAGGAUGACUCGGAGGGCGAGGAUGACUCGGAGGGCAAAGAGGGGGAGGGGGAGGAGGAGGAGGAGGAGGAGGAGGAAGAGGAAGAAGAAGAAGGGAAAGCUGGGACAGUGGAGGAGGAUGAGGGGAGUGAAGUCGAAGGGAGUGAAAAGGAGGCAAGAGAGGGGAACGAAGGGGAGGGGAACGAAGGGGACGGGAAUGAAGGGGAGGGGAACGAAAGGGAGGGGAGAGAAGGGGAGGGGAGCAAAAGAGAGGGGAAUGUAGGGAAUGGGGGCGAGAGGGAGGGGAGCAAAGGAGAGGGGAACGAAGGGGAGGGGACCAAAGGGGAAGGGAGUGAAGGGGAGGGGACCGAAUGGGAGGGGAACGAAAGGGAGCGAAGCGAAGGGGUGGGGAGCGAAGGGGAGGGGAACGAAGGGGAGGGAAACGAAGGGGUGGGGAACGAAGAGGAGGGGAGCGAAGGGGAGGGGUAUGAAGGGGAGGGGAGCGAAGGCAAGGGGAAUGAAGGGGAGGGGAGAGAAGCUGAAGACGAGGAGGACGAGCAAUGCACGGAUGGAGAGGUGUCUUCAAGUGCGCCCUCUCCCACAACCACAUGCCACCACCCAACUCUACCGGCCCUGCUGGCGACGUGCCAGGUGGUGUUGAGCUGGCGAUCUCUCAACGCCAGUCCAUCUCUCACUCCAUCCAUCGCGUUUGAGACGUUUCGAACCCCAAAACUGGAUGUGUCCUCCGCUUGCCUUACCCGUUCCCCUCUCCUCCCCUCUGCUUGCCUUACCCGUUCCCCUCUCCUCCCCUCCGCUUGCCUUACCCGUUCCCCUCUCCUCCCCUCCGCUUGCCUUACCCGUUCCCCUCUCCUCCCCUCCGCUUGCCUUACCCGUUCCCCUCUCCUCCCCUCCGCAAGCCAUUUUGCCAGUCUAUCUGCAGCCAGCUGCCAGCCAGGCUCCUCUCUGCAUCCACUGGCGCCCGUUCUUAAGUCCACUACAAAAUUGCCCGUGCUUCCCUUCCCUUUCCCCCUCUCUCCCCCCACGCGCAGCGAGCCCGUCUGCAGCCAGUUGCCAGGCUCCUCCCUGCAGCCAGUUGCCAGGCUCCUCCCUGCAGCCAGUUGCCAGGCUCCUCCCUGCAGCCAGUUGCCAGGCUCCUCCCUGCAGCCAGUUGCGCCGAUGCUGCGGCACUUCAUGAUGGCUGCGUGUGCAUCGCAGGCAUUCCAUGACAGUGUGGGAGCACUCACUAACAAGUCACGGCAGCUGCUGCGUCAAGUCAUUGUCUCCUGUGCUUCACACAAGCAGGAUUAG